CUUCAAUUGCGGCUCGGCUCUCUCCAUUACUUCGUCCGACACCCGCGAGAUUGUGAGCAUAGUUGCGGUGAACACGUCCAUAUCGCCAGGCAAUCGUUUGUUGCUUGACAUCCGUCGCUAUCGAGUGGGCGUACUUCAAAAACUGGUUCCACGUCCGAGAACAGUUUGUGAUGUGGAGCAGCAAUGCGGUGGUACGCCAAGGUGCUGACCGCGAACAGCAAGAUCUCCACUCCGCCGCCGUCAACGGCAUUCUGAGCGGCCUUGUCGGCAUUACAGCCGGUUGUGCCACAACAGACCCUCGGCUCACAAUAGUUUGUGCUGUGGUGAGUGCAUUCAUCUAUCACUACGGAUACCGCUUGCAACUUCAUCACGGGCUGGACGACGCUAUGAACGCGGUGCCGGUCCACCUCUACUGCGGCAUUUGGGGACUCUUCUUUGCCGCGUUGAUGUAUUCCCCGGGACGUCACGACACGCUCAUGCGUGUGUACGGGAUUGACGAGUCGCGCGGAGACUGCGGACGCGGGGAUCAAGUUGCUGCAAACUUGGCGUUCUCGGUCGUGGUUCUGGCGUGGUCGGGCGCCACGUCAUUCGCCCUCUACCAUAUUCUCAAUGUGUUAUUCCCGAAAGAAUUGAACGCCCUAGACGCGGGCACUACGGUGGAGCUGUCCGACUUCAUGCAUGUCAUAGAUGCAGUCCAGCUGCAUGUUGCCAGAGCCCAAAAUGCUACGGGUGCUACAAACCCUGUUGACAACCCAGCAGCCGCUGCUCCACGCCACUAAUGAUCAAUCAACCCCUUCACCGGGGUGUGAAUAUGUUGCUUGUGGUGGAAACGGAUUCUCGAAAGUAGUAACCAUGUUUGAGGGUGUAGGAUGAUAAUGAAAUUGGGGGCAAUGUUGUUGACGAAAGUUCAACUAAUGCGGAUGGAGCUUGGCGGGAACUCGAACGCGUAGGGUGGCUAAGUGCAGGCAUUUUGUUACCUCGCGCCGGCUUUUGCCGCGGGUCGAGCAGCAUGUUGUCACUGCGCACAAUGCGUUGGAAACACGUUCACGCCAGGGACAUUGUUUCGUUUCUGAAGACAGCGGGGAGAGGUUUGUGACGGAACGGUAGCAGGAAGAGAUGUGCCUACCCCACGAUCCGCGAUACAUUGUUGGAGGUGCUGGCGGUGUGUGGCGUUGUUGUGCUUCUUUUGGAGGGUCGCGGUUGCCUAGUGCCAUAGCACGAAGUAUUUGGUGUUGUCGGUCAUGCAUGUGAGCCGCAGAUGGCGCUGUCACGCGCCUCGCUGGUGUUGUCGGUAUACUUCUCUUGUCGUCGAGACCUAGAGGUAGGAUCUGAAUUUGAUGUUGAACCCACACACACAUCUAGUUUCAUCAGGGACACACAAUUGUGCGUGUUUAGCAUUAUUAUCACUCCCACGCAACGCGCGAUCGU